AUUUACACGCAUCAGCCCGCGCAAAGUUGUGAACGAUGGCGGGUAAGAGCGUAUGCAUUGUGCAUCAAACUGCUUAUACUGUAGUACAAUAUCCUUUAUGUCGGCGGUAUUAGACGGCCAUUCACCGGAAACGAAGACUCGCAACAAAACGGAAUCUCUCUCACCGAGCCGAGUAGAGGUUGGAUUUUGGGUUCGUUGGAUCUCGUCAGAGGCGAUCCAGACGGAGCAACUUGGUACCAUAAGAAGAAAGUUUGUGGAAUCUGUGUCCAAACCAGUGAUCAGUGAGCUCCUGGACGAUCUUUUACAGGAUGGCAUCUUGAAUGACGAAGAGAAAGACUUUAUAGUCGAGGAGGACCAUGACAGAGCAGACAGAGCACGAGGUCUCAUCGACAUUGUGAAGAGGAAAGGAGAUGAAGCCAGUAAAAAGAUGAUCGCUCACAUUAAACGGGCUGAUCCAACCCUUUACUCUAAACUGGUUCUGUCUCGUGCUGAACCACCAGCGAAGGAGAAACAGAAGAUAACGCAGGAGCAACUUGGUACCAUAAGAAGAAAGUUUGUGGAAUCGGUGUCCAAACCAGUGAUCAGUGAGCUCCUGGACGACCUUUUACAGGAUGGCAUCUUGAAUGACGAAGAGAAAGACUUUAUAGUCGAGGAGGACCAUGACAGAGCAGACAGAGCACGAGGUCUCAUCGACAUUGUGAAGAGGAAAGGAGAUGAAGCCAGUAAAAAGAUGAUCGCUCACAUUAAACAGACUGAUCCAACCCUUUACUCUAAACUGGUUCUGUCUCGUGCUGAACCACCAGCGAAGGAGAAACAGAAGAUAACGCAGGAGCAACUUGGUACCAUAAGAAGAAAGUUUGUGGAAUCGGUGUCCGAACCAGUGAUCAGUGAGCUCCUGGACGAUCUUUUACAGGAUGGCAUCUUGAAUGAUGAAGAGAAAGACUUUAUAGUCGAGGAGGACCAUGACAGAGCAGACAGAGCACGAGGUCUCAUCGACAUUGUGAAGAGGAAAGGAGAUGAAGCCAGUAAAAAGAUGAUCGCUCACAUUAAACGGGCUGAUCCAACACUUUACUCUGAACUGGUUCUGUCUCAUGCUGAACCACCAGCGAAGGAGAAACAGAAGAUAACGCAGGAGCAACUUGGUACCAUAAGAAGAAAGUUUGUGGAAUCGGUGUCCAAACCAGUGAUCAGUGAGCUCCUGGACGACCUUUUACAGGAUGGCAUCUUGAAUGACGAAGAGAAAGACUUUAUAGUCGAGGAGGACCAUGACAGAGCAGACAGAGCACGAGGUCUCAUCGACAUUGUGAAGAGGAAAGGAGAUGAAGCCAGUAAAAAGAUGAUCGCUCACCUUCAACAGACUGAUCCAACACUUUACUCUGAACUGGUUCUGUCUCGUGCUGAACCACCAGCGAAGGAGAAACAGAAGAUAACGCAUGAGCAACUUGGUACCAUAAGAAGAAAGUUUGUGGAAUCGGUGUCCAAACCAGUGAUCAGUGAGCUCCUGGACGACCUUUUACAGGAUGGCAUCUUGAAUGACGAAGAGAAAGACUUUAUAGUCGAGGAGGACCAUGACAGAGCAGACAGAGCACGAGGUCUCAUCGACAUUGUGAAGAGGAAAGGAGAUGAAGCCAGUAAAAAGAUGAUCGCUCACCUUCAACAGACUGAUCCAACACUUUACUCUGAACUGGUUCUGUCUCAUGCUGAACCGCCAGCGAAGGAGAAACAGAAGAUGACGCUGGAUGAGACGGAUAAUGACAUUUACCCUGUCACAAAAGAAAACGUCAAAAACCGCGUGGCUCUGCUAAUCACUAACAUAACAUUUACGAAUGUGAUGUAUAACAGAGGCGGAGCCGAUAUAGAUGAGAAGAACAUGGAGAAGCUGCUCUCUAGUCUGGGAUACGAGGUGGUGAAACACACCGACCUCACAGCAGAGCAAAUACAUAAAGCCGUCCUCGAUUUCUCCAAACACCCAAAACUCAGGCAGACGGACAGCGUGUGGGUGGUUAUGAUGUCUCACGGGAAACUGGGAAACAUUCUUGGGGUCAACUAUAAUGAAGACGACGCGAAACCGGACCAGUUCAGCAUCAACAACAUUUACACGUGCUUAGAUUCCGCGCACUGCCCGGCGCUGCUCAACAAGCCCAAGGUCAUCGUCAUGCGACGCUUUGAAGACUUUAGUAAAGGCAAAAUUAGACAGAUGCCAACUAAGGACAGAUGCACUCUGACCAAACACUUCUACGUCUUCCCUCAGAAGGAGCUCGGCAGAGUGAGGGGCAGGUUUGUGGACAAGGUGUCCAAACCGCUUCUCAAGCAGCUGCUGGACGACCUGCUGGAGGACGGUCUGCUGAACGACGGGGAGAAGGACUCUGUGCUGGAGGACCACACCGGCAAAGCGGACAUGGCGCGCGCCCUCGUCGACAUGGUGAGGAAGAAAGGCGACCGCGCGAGCAGGAAGAUGAUCGCUCACCUGGAGGACAGAGACCCCACGCUUCACGCGGAGCUGGGUCUGUCCUGCGGCCCAGCCGCCCGUCCGACGGGGCCGAGCUGGUCGAAUAAGCUGAUCGCCACCACUGACGCGUUAUGGAAGGAGAAAGUGAAUGACAAAAAUGUUUACCCUGUAUCAGAGAACCAGAUUAAGAGUCGCGUGGCGCUGCUGAUCACAAAUAGAAACUUCUUGAAUGAGAAGAUGAACAGGUAUGGGGCUGAGAAGGAUGAGGAGAACAUGGAGAGGCUGCUGGCGUCGCUGCGCUACGAGGUGGUGAAACACAGGGACCUCACUGCGAAGGGCAUGGACGACGCUCUCAUCCGCUUCUCCAAGCACCCGAAGCUCAGGGCGACGGACAGCGUGUUCGUGGUCAUCAUGUCCCACGGGAAGCUGGGAGCCGUGCUCGGCGUGAACGCGCAGGCGGAGGAACCGGACGAAUUGCCCAUCGACAACAUCUACAAGCACCUGGGGACGGAGGAGUGUCCGGCGCUGCUCAACAAGCCCAAGAUCAUCAUCAUCCAGGCCUGCAGGGGAGAAAAUAAGGGGGCGGUGCUCGUCAGUGACGUGGUCUGUGACGACUCGUCGUGCUCGGGAGCUGCUGGCGAAGACCACAUCGUGGAUGACGCCUUGCUGGUUGCGCACAAGGAGAAGGAUUUCGCUUCUCUCCUGUCCAGCACCCCCGACACCGUCUCCUACAGAGAGACAAACAGGGGCUCGUUUCUUAUCCAGUACCUUGUGGAGAUUUUCAACACCUGCUCCCACGAAGACGACAUUGACGAACUUUUCAGAAAAGUCAUGCAACGCUUUGAGGAGUUUCCCUGUGAGACCAAGAGACAGAUGCCAACAAAAGACAGAUGCACCUUAACGAAGCGGUUCUACCUGUUCCCAGGUCACUGACUGUCAGUGUCAGUGCGAGUCUUCUUUCACAGACAAAACAAUGUUUGCUUCGCUUAAUGGGAGAUUAAUAAAACAUUUAGCUUCAAGCUUUAUGCAACACUGA